AUGGAGCCAACUCCUUCUUCAACACAAGAAGAAAUACCUUCUGGUGAUAUUGCAGUGAAUACUACAUCAGGAUAUGGCACCACUCGAUCUCCAUCUGUGACUACCUAUCGUUGUCCUACAUUGACCGCUUUCCUUCAACAGUUAAAUUUAACGCAAUAUCACAAUUGCUUUGUUGAGGUCGCCGGUGUUGGUGAAAAUGAUCUUGAACAGUUUCUUGGUUUUGACGAAGCGGAAAUCAAAGAGGUUUUAUCCUCGGUGUCCAUGAAGCCUUUUCAUUCAGCAGCUUUUAAAAAAGGAAUAAGAGAACUCAGACAGGCGCUCUCGACGAAUCUCAACACUCCUGGCUUGGUGCCAAGUCUUUCAACCAAUGUAUACUCGGUGCCAUCGGUAUAUCAUGCAAAUUUAUUACAGGUGCGUGAGCACAGCAACCCAGAAAGUCUAAUUUCUGGAAAGAUUUUACUAAAAACAGAGAAACCGCCAUUCUCGACGAGGGAAAAUACCCCAAUUCGUUCCUUAGACACCUCUCAGAUAAAACCUUCACCUGUGACGUCGCGAAUUUCACUUAAUAUAACGAAUGAUGAGACAACGACCCCAUCUCCAUCCAUCCAUUCCCCUUCACCAAUGCAAGAAAUUCAAGAUGCACUCGGUCAUUCCACGACAUUACAACAACAAAUCAUCAAAGAAUGUCCUGCAUCACCGCUCUCAUCAAGUUCGGUUACCUGCGAUAAUGACAAUAGUAAUGACAAUCCCACAAUUAAUGUAGCAGCUUCAAAGGAUGUAAUUAUACAUCAUGCAAUAAUUUACGGUAAAAAUAGUAAUAGGCAACUGACAUCGUACGAACAGGCCAUUAACCGAGCAGCUACAGAAUUGGCACUUUCAGAUCCCACGUUGGUAGCAAACAAAGGUGCCUUGUUUGAGAAAGCAAAGGCCAAACUUUUAUCAGAAGGUUAUACUUAUAAACGAGGUCAAUCACGGUCAAAAUUGAAUCCAAAUGCACCAAAACCAGGGAUGAAAACAUCGCGGGCGAAUCUUCGAUUAAAACGAAAUCAGCAUGCAGCUCAGACGAGCGAAAACCGUAUCGCUCGUAUUACGGAACUAGAACGUAAAUUGCAAAGUAAGGAAAAUCAAUAUGAAAUUGCGCAAGAAUUAAAACGCGUUAAAGCAGCUCAAGGUGACACAGAGGGAUUGGAAAAAGCAGAAAUGGCCUUAGAAGAAUUAGAACGAGAGCGAAAUGAAAUUACCAAAGAGAUAGCAAGUUUAAAAAGUAAGGAACGUAAGCAUCGUUGGUAUGAACAAAGGAAAAAGGAAAGGAUGGAUUCUGGAUUUGGAGAAAACGAACUGGAUACAGAUAUUCAGCAGGAAGACCUCAUAAUAGAAAAUCAAUGA